ACAGAUAUUACGGUUCAUGUUGCCAGGGAGUGACUGAGCCGUAGUCAUACAGACACAAUAGAGCUGCAGUCACCAUGUAUAUAGCAAGUGUUUGUAUUUGAAACUAUUAGAGCAAUAUGUAGUAUCUCUCAAAUUCUGUGAGUGCAAUUUCGAAGCGUUGUUCUGGGGCUAUUAUCAGUGAGCUCUGAUGCCUUUGCACUAACAAGCUAUCUUCGUUAGACAGUAGGAGAGUGGCCGUGCAGUGCACCGUUAGCUAGCUUUAGCCAGUUUGAUAACAUCAUAGCUGCCUUGCCAGUUUUUACUAUGGAGUUUCCUUUUGACAUAAACCAAUUAUUCUCCGAGAGGAUCUCUGUCUUGGACCAGACCUUGGUUGCAGGCCGCAAAUCUGCAGGAAGGCCAGAUCUUCAAGCUCACAUAGCCACAGUUAUUGAUGAACUUGGGAGGGCCUCAGCAAAGGCCCAACAGCUCACAGCACCUAUAACAAGUGCUUCCAAGCUGCAGACCCAGAAGCAUCAGCUCUAUCUUCUUAAGGAUGGAGAGAGCAGCGGGGGACGUGGUGUGGUUGUGGGAUUUCUGAAGGUUGGCUACAAGAAGUUAUUUUUGCUGGACCGGCAGGGUGUGCACGUAGAGGCAGAACCACUCUGUGUUUUGGAUUUUUACAUAGCAGAGAACCUGCAGCGAAAUGGCUAUGGGCUUGAGCUAUUUAACUUCAUGCUACAGCACAAGAAUUUAGAGCCAGUGCUGAUGGCUUAUGACAGGCCUUCACCUAAAUUCCUGUCUUUCCUGGCAAAGCAUUACUGCCUCACGCAGAGUGUUCCUCAGGUCAAUAACUUUGUGGUUUUUGAAGGCUUCUUCCUCAACAGAGCAGCGGCCCAGUUGAGAAAGGUUCCCCCAAAAAAGCCAGACGGAGAGAUCAAGCCUUACUCUUUAAUGGAGAGAGAAGCUGUUCGCCAGGAGCAGAAGAGUCUUCCUUGGCCGUUUGCUCCUCCCCACUCCCCCCAGCGCUCGGUAGCCUCCCAGUGGUCCAAAUCCCUCAGCGUGGGAUGCUCCCCCAGCAGGGCACCCCCUCGAGUCACUCCAACUUCUUCCCCUGGUUGCAACAGGAACCAGAGCCCACAGUCACCUCUCAGCGACCGCUGCAGAGCAAGACGCACCAGUAGUCAACAGGGUCUAGUUGCGAGAUGCAACUUGUACAGUCGACACAUGGACACCAGAGCUGUUGGACUGCUGCACAGAUGCUCUCCAGCACCAUGUGCCACCUCAGGUCUGAGAGCAGUAGGGGAUCAGUCAUACACAUUGGGAUACAGUAUUCACUCACAACAAAACAGGAACUGGCCUGUCUUGCUUCCACCUCUCUCUACAUCCAAGAAGGACUGCAUAAGCAGCACUACCUCUUUAGACAGGAGAGAAACACACCUGGGCGCAGAUCCUGAAUCCCGUCGUUCUGAAGAGGAGAUGAAGGUUCUGGACAGUUCACAGCUUCCAGCAGGCAACCAGAGACCUCUGUUGUGGGAGAGUGACAGAGUUGAAGACAGGUCAUGGGCUGUGGGGGUGCACUGCUACACUGCCCAGUGGGUGAAGCAGAAGCAGGAAUACAGGAGCACCCGGCCCUGGUGAAUGUGUGACGAUUACAGACUUUAAACAUUAUCAAAAUGUUGAUGCCUAAAAUGCUUUCAGACAUGUUUGAGCCGACUUUCGAGUGUUUGAGAGCCCACGAUGCAACAAUUUCUUUGUGAAGUUUAAGUGCCAAAGUUCAGUUCAGAAAAAAUACACUUCCAGUCUUUCUGGUUUUAGAAAGGCUAUUAUAAUGGCUGCCUUAGUUGGUUUCCCAAAUGAGUCAUCCUUGCUAAUUGAAUAAUUGGCCCAUUAAGUCAGUGGUGUUUCUGACAGGUCCAGCUAACCCAGGUAGGUUUUUCAUUUUAGUGGCCUUCACACUGAGCGUUGUUAGGUUCACUUAUAUUGUUGUUAUUAUUAUUAUUGUUGUAUAAAUUCAGGGAAACAUUGCAUAAGACAAAGGUUACAAACGUGAUCUUGGUUCAUACUGACUUUUGUAUCUAAUUAAUUAACAAAAUGAAUCCCAUUGAAUUUAUCUGAAUAUGUCAUCGUCCAUUUUCUUGUAUUACUUGGACAGAUUGGAUAGGAUGGGAUAAUAGCAUGAUACACUUUCAGUUGAUCACAUUUGGGUUGUUGCAUUUUUUAGCAAAUAUUUAAAAAGAGUGAUACAGUACUCUUAAUUUUCCAUUUCUGUUUUGCACAUGUGUAACAGCUACAUGCAGCCACAGACUGUAACAUAACGACAUGAUGUACAGACAGGUUACUUGCUGUGUCCUUGACUGCUUACUUUAAGUUGAAGUGUCUUAGCGAGCGUUGGCCUGCCAGAUUCUCUCAGAACUGCUUCAAUGUACCCUGGCAUUGAUUUUCCAAGUCUCUGGAAAGAUGGAUCUGUAUCAGUCUUCCAAAAGAUUUGAUGGUUAUGGAGUUGAGUGUGUAACACAUCAAUCCAAAUUCUCCCCUGUUUGACUGGGUUCAGAUGUGGUGACAGGGUAGAUAGUACAUCAGACCAUGUGUACUUAUGAGAUACCCUCAGGGUAAUGUGUGUCAGGCAGUAUUUAAAAUGAUAACUCAUAACCCAUGUUGGUGUUUUUCAGAUCUUGCAUGUAAGAAUACAAAUCCUUAAACAUGCAAACACGGUCUGUAGACUGCUCUGGGUGCUAAUGGUACAGGUCAUCCACAAGUGCAAAGCACAGAAAUAGACAAUUAGUCAUUUUUAAUAUUUGUUCAAAAAUCAAACAAUUAAAAAAGAACAGAAACUGUGUAUUUGUGGAGAAAUCAAGCAAAACAUUUUGAUUUAUUUUGGACUUAAAGAAGUCUCCCAUGGACAGAGCUUCCUGCAACUUUCCACUAACCGGAGUUUCAUUAAAUAAUGGAAAUGUUUGUGAGACAAAACAUAUAUUUUUAGGUUUUUCAGACAGAAUUGAAAACAAAUUGGGUAGAAAGUUUACACAUUUUUGCUGUAAUGUAAACUUUAGUUAGAAUGGUCCAUAAAGCCAAAAUACACCACGA